AUGGCGGACGAGCAGGGCGAGCGCGACGUGAAUUCGAGCAGAGUUGUAGAAGGUUAGAAAAACAAACCAGUAUAUACCUCAAUCAUUAAUGCAUCUUCCUCUAGUUUGCGUAAAAAUCUAGAGGGUAUAGGUACCGUUAUAUGGGAGCAUCGUUCUUAAAUGUGCGAGCAUUUCUUUCAAUAAUCAGAUGCAAAAAGGCCGUUGAUCAAUUUGUGACGUCCUGCUUUAUGAACCAAUCAACUUUAUACUUUAAAACCUAGGCCAUUUUAAAUAGUGUUUCUUCACUCCACUUCCGAGGCCUGUUGUUCUAUAGUCAUAGAAUAUCUGUUUAAAUCAAGUGGCAAAGUGACUGCGUAUUCUGCAGUCCUUACAAAGAAGACAUGGAUUUCAUGAAUAUAUUACCAUGUGCUCGGUUUACAGUCUUCCAUGAAGUAUAGACAUGAUUGUAAAAAUAGUCUUUGUCAGUGAUGAAAUACGUACAAAAAUACCCCAGACACCGAAUUACGAAUCAAAGAAAAUUUGAAUUUUGGAAGAAAAUGGUAUAAAUUCUAUUAAAGUACAGAAAAGCUCAUAACUCGAUUUUAUCUGGGGGAUAUGGUGACCCAUACGGGAGACCAGGAGAUCGGUUUAUAUCUGGGAGACUCCUGCAUAAUCCGGGAGAGUUGGCAUGUAUAUGGGUUUAUGGUCAAGUCGCCCAAAAGUCAUCUUGCCCAAAGUUAUGUUGCUUGAAACCAGAGUUAUCUUGCCCGAAAAUUUAUCAUGUGCGGUAACAUCCUAACAUGUUUUGUUACAUCAAGAUAUAUUGCUCAUUUGACGCGCUUGCUUCGUUUUAUCAAGGCUAAAAGAUCAACAUAUGUUACAUAUUCAUCUUGCUUGUUUCAUCUCUUCAUCUCAUAAAGAAAAGUUUAUGAUACACCUUCAUCCUGCUUGUUUCGUCUUACCAUAGCAUCAUUGCUUAAAGAACGAGACAAAAUUACACAAUUAUCCCACUUGUUUUGUGUCAUUAUUGCUUAAAGAACAAGAUAUAUUAUGUAUACUCUUUAAUAAAAUUUUGGGCGACUUGAGUAAAAAUUUUGGGCAGCAUGACUCUGGUUUCAGGUGACAUAACUUUGGGUAAGAUGACUUUUGAGCGACUUGACUGGUUACCAUGUAAUGACUAAGUUAGAGCAACUAUUCUCUCAGUCCUAUUAUUAUUCAUGAUUAUUGGAUCACCGGAAUCAGAGAGAGCAGCAUUCAAUGUUUGCCAACUUGUUUGAUAUACUCUUUUUAUUGUUAUUUUAAGCUGCGCAAUAAUGUGACACCGGUAUACAAUGCAUAUAUGUUGUGGUUCAAAUUCAUCCUUGGUUUAAAUUUUAAUUUCUUUUGUUUCAAAAUCAUUAUCGUACAUUACCAUACCCAAAAACAAAGGAAAAUAUAAUUUAAACCAAGGAAAAAUUUGAACCACAACAUAUACACAUGAUGCAUUUGCAAUACAUUAGGCCAAGUAAAAAAACAACAAAACAAAAUAAAUUUUCAAUGUUUCUUGUCUGGAUUUCUAUAACAAAAAAAGAGAGAGCUAGCGGGUGAUCUUUUUUAUUAUUUCUGAUUUUUUAUUAUUAUUGCAAUUUGAAUGCUAUCUUUACAAAUUAUUAUAACACUCCCCCAGGGAUAAUUUGGAGAUUUUUGGCCAAAUGUUAGGCAAUGAAAUGUUAAACAAUAAUUAUUGUUAUUAUUGCUUGGGCAUUUCCAUGGGAAUGCCCCAGCUUUAAAAUGGGCUUAGUUUCUCCUUCUGGCACAAAUCACCCUCUGGUGCAUACAGCACUCGUGCAAGAUAUGAGUAUGUGUAGAGAGCGUAGAACACAUGGCUGCCUGAGAAACAGUGAGCAAAGGCAUCUGUAUUCGGUGUAUAAUCUCAGUGGUCGCAGGAAUAAAUUCUGUCAUUUCUUAUUCGCAAAAACUUUAUACCAAAUGUACACUCAUCUCUAGACCUACAGUAAAAGAUGGAAAGCAAACAGUUCAGUUCAAUCAGUGACUGAAUAACUCUUCUGAGUGAACCUUAUCAAGAAGCCUUCUCAGAGUAAUGAGCUACCAACAUAAUUUGAACAGAGUCUUUCUGAUCAACUCAGGAGUCUUGUCUUAGAUAUUGGGAAUGCCUCCAUAUAAGCUUAGUUGCCUUGCAGAAGGAGAAACAGAAAUGAAUUGAGUACUUCCCAAUUAGCUUUUGUGUAACGUAAUAUUCUUGCUCUUUGCUUUGAUGUCAUGGGUUUUAUCUUCCUUUGUUUUUGUGACCUCUACCAUACAAUUAUUGCAAUCUAAUACUUUAGUCAUUCAUAUGUUUCCAGAUGUUUAUGUAUAUAGACUCUUGUUAUUUCAAUUUACGUUGCCUUUGAAACGGGUUGUCAGAAAGUUUUGAAGUAGAUGGCUGAGUUGUGAAAGUAAGCGGCCAGUCCAGGGAUAUUUUAUUUAAAAAAGGCCAUCCGUAAAGAAAUGCCAAGCAGAGUAGCCAGCCGAUACUAACCAAGUAGGCAGCAAUUUUCGCCGACAGCCGGCUACUUUUGAAAACCCUGCUUUGAAGACUGUGAUUUCCUAGAUUAAGUUUUUUCAUAUGAAUUUUUCUGUACGGACGCCCGAUGCAGUUUAUAUGCGUCUAGUCAUGAUGAUUAAACUCAAAUUUGGUGUAUUUUGAUUCAUGUUUUAAACAACACGAUGCGUCAUAUGUUAUAUCACAAUAGGUAGGGUGGAUUAAAAAAUGUCAAUGUAGGACUCAACUCAGUAUUUAGUAAAUGCUCCGUUUUAUGAAAAGUAAGGGCUGUUACAUAGAAUUGUAGAAUAAGUGGUGCUGAUAGUAACGUCUGUUGGCUUUUGUUUGUUCCAGCUUUUCCAAUAACAAAUAAUUAAAAAAAAAAGUGAUGGCCCCAAAAAAUUUAUCAGGCAGGGACAAGAAGCAUUUCUUUUUGUUUAUCUUUUGCUUGGCCUUACUUUUUUAUGUUUUUUUAAUAGGGUCACUGUAUUCUGACCUUCAUGGAAGUGUAAGAUACAGUUUAGGACAAAUGGGACUUCAGGUAACUUCUCUACUAAUCUGCACAAAAUACUAUGUUCCUGAUAUUACUCAAUUGUAUAUUGUUUACUUUAACCAUUUUACUCCUAGACUGCAUGGUGGAGUCUUGUAAAGGGGUUCGAAGUUCUGAGACUUUGUAUGAAAUCCUAUAAUAAUUAUGCGACCAUUCAAAUAAAAUCUCUCCAACUGUACUAUUUGUUCUUCCCCAAUUAAUUUUCCUGAAAUAAAAUUUGCUAAAAUUGUUGACUUCAUAAAAGGGAAAAGGUUAAUAAGUUUCUAUUAUCUCCUUAGAAACGAGAUGCAGUAAAUGCCUGAUUUUUAAAUUGCAGUGAAAAGUGGAGACGAUUAGUGUGAAUAUUAUGAGGCUCAAAAUAACAGUUUUGACUAGGGGAAGAUUCACCAGGUUCAUACCCAACCAUCACGGUUUUGACAAGAAACUUUGUUCCACUUUGUUUCUCCUCACCCAGGUGUAUUAAUGGUGGCUUUGGUGCAACAUAUCAUAGAGGGUAACCCUGUAAAUUAAUAGACUGCUAUCCAAUUCAGCGGGGAGUAGCAAUACCCAUCUGUACUUUAUGCUGCAAAACCGCAAAACCAGGGAGAGCUCACGCUUUGUGAAUCUCAUGGCUGAUUUGUGCCUUUAUCUUGACUAUGGAAGGGAAAUUAUUGGGUUUUUGUACUUAUUAUCAGGAGGUUUGAGAGAUCAGUAUACCAAGUUGUAUAUUUAAAAAUCAAAGUUUUUUCAAUUGAACUUUUUUCAUUACAAGACUGGUAAUACUUUUGUAUGAAUAUCUUAUUUGAUUUUAGCCACUGCAGCGCUCUGCAAAGAAAUUUGUUACUUCAUUUUUAAACAAUGUUGUGAAAAAAAACAGUGAAGAUGUAGAACAAAGACUGCGACAUAAGCCUGUUAUCUUGGAGGGAUUUCAAACAGCACAGCGACGCAAAAGACCCAAGAAAAAAGAAAUGUCUGCGAGAGAGAAAAGGAUUCGUGGGAUUUACAACAUAUCACCUAAAGAUCAAAGGUUAGGAUUUAGUUUGAUUUAUGCUUGCUCUUAAGACUAGCCUAAUUCUCAGAUGGUCAAAGGGAUCUCUCCUCUUUCUAUCUGAUACAGUCAAACCCUGCUUUACUGACACCUCAUUAACCCAUUUGCGCCUGGAGAAUUUGCCGAAAAAUGCAUUUUGAAGAUAGUUGAGUGGUUUUCUGGUCACUGUCGUGCCAUAAAGCGCUAAAACUUACCACAAAACUGUUUACAGGUCAUACACUUCACGGCCUUCUGAUCCAGAUGCAAACCGUUUGCUUGCAAAGUUUGGGCAUGCGCAAAAAACAAAAUUUUGAGUUCUUGGGUUUAAAAGUGACUCGGCAGUCUUGACUUUUACUUUGCGCUUUCUCUCCUCCCCUCUUUUUUCGCUUUUCUUGCCUCAUGUUUUUUCUCUUGCUGGGCAUUUAGUAGGCUUCAUUUUUGUGGGAAGAGUUUUUAGGAAAGCUUUUAGGAUCUUAGGAUUAGGUGAAAGGAAAGGUAGGUGGGCAAUGGAACAAGAUUUUCAUGGAGAUUUUCAGGUCAAUGUUACAUGGUUUUUGUCCUUUUUCUCCAGUGUCCUUGACUGAAUUGUGCUCAUUCUGGUAUGGUUUGAAAGAUCUCUUCACUCUGCACAAGUUAGUGGACAAAGUUGCCCUUGACCGUUAAAACUGAUGACGUCACAAGCGGUAGAAAGGAUGUGAAUCCGCACGGGCGGAUACAGGCGGCUCAUGUCCGUAUUGAUGGGGUUUGACUGUAUUACCUUUUUGGAUAUCUUUUUGAUAUCAUGGAACAUUGUUUAUUUCCACUAAUCACAACGCAUGGUGUACUUUCUCGGAAAUCUGGAAUUUGUUGAAUGUGACUUUGCACAGCAUAGUAGCAAAUGGUUUACAUAAUACUCACAUGAGCCAAAUGCCAACAUUUUGAUUUUACUUGCAACUGAAGAGGAAAAAUUCAAAAAUUGUGAUCACCUAUCAGCAGACCGGCAACUCGCAUAAUUCACUUCUGCACAGCAACAAAACUUGAAACUAAGAAAAUUUAAGCUACUGCCAAGUGGCUAGCAUACACAAAAAUGGUGGCUAAACUACAUAAUUUGCAGAGUGUGUAUAAUAUGCGAGCCAGCGAGCCAGUGAGUCAUGUGAGUCAACAUGCGAGCCAUACGAGUCAACAAGCGAGCCAUGCGAGUCGGCAUAAAAUAACUUUGUUUUUAACGUAAACUGCAAAAAAAACUAGCCUCUGUAACUAACGUAUUUAUUCCAAAGGCAUGUCCUUUAAAAUUCGCCAAGAAAAUUGGAACCCUUAUUCAGCCGUAAUAAAAAAGCUUUACGCUUCAAAAGAGGUCAAAGAAAAUGCGCUUGCAUCAGAGGGCAAAUCCUGCCGACCAGAAAACAAUAACUACAGUCAAUCGAUAUGUAUGUCAUGACCUCUCAGUGUGAAACAUGCGGCUAAAAUCACAUUUGCUCAGUAUAAAUGCAGAACCUUCCAGAGCAUAAUGUACCCAGCAGAAAAAAAAACUUUAUUGGAAUAAGCAGCAUUUUGGCAUAAGGUAAAAGUCGUGUAGGCCUACCACCCCCUUUUAUUGAUAGCGAAAACUCGUGCCAAAUAGCCAAAAGCCGCCAAAAGCUGAAGAAAGGAAAAUGGACUGGGAACUAACAUCUGUCUCCCAUGGCUCACAUGAUGACUCGCAUGACUCGCUGGCUUGACUCGCAUGACUCGCUGGCUCGCUGGCUCGCAGUUUCUCAAGACCCUAAUUUGCAUGGAGUGCUUACCUAAAAAUGCUGAGCUCAGAGGAUGCAAAACUCACAAGUCAUUGCAGAGUGACUGAUUUUUAUAUGCCAUUCCUGCUGAACAUUUACACAACUGGCACAUCUAAGAGGGUUUGUAAAUGUUUUAAACGACUUUGAAAACAUUAUCAUCAACUGGUUAAUUCUUGUUAUUAUACGUCAGACUCACUAUGAAAAAUCUGAUUGAUUGUGAACUUGACAUGAUAAAUGCAAUAUCUGCUGCAGAUAUUGCAUUUAUCAUGUCAAGUUCAACGUCUGCCUGGUUACCAAGCCCCUUGUAGUGUUCUCCUCAGAAACAGAAUGGCUGAAUGUCUUCUUUUGCCUAUUGUUUAAAAACCUUGUGUCUGUAUUAUCUGCCUCAGCCUUCAGCUUCGGCAGAUAACACAGACCACGGUUUUGAUAAUUCAUGAUAUCAUGCUCAACCUCAUCCAACAAUUGUUUAUUAAGAAGCCCUUUUGUUUGUCAUAAAAUUGAUUGUCAUAUUUUUGUUGGAUACGUAGACCUGCAUUAAGCCAGGGCUUCUGAUAUUUCGCGGAAAAAAAGCAAAAUUUCGCGGGAUUUUCAGGGGCAAAUUCGCGGAAAAAUCGGUCGAUUUCGCGGGAAAAAAGUCAAAAUUCGCGUAAAAAUCGGCUGAUUUCGCGGGAUUUUUGCAGGAGAAAAGUCAAAAUUCGCCGGAAAAUCGUUCGAUUUCGCGGGAUUUUAGCGGAAAAAAGUCAAAUUUUGAGGGAUUUUCAGGGGCAAAUUCGCGGAAAAAUCGGUCGAUUUCGCGGGAAAAAAGUCAAAAUUCGCGUAAAAAUCGGCUGAUUUCGCGGGAUUUUUGCAGGAGAAAAGUCAAAAUUCGCCGGAAAAUCGUUCGAUUUCGCGGGAUUUUAGCGGAAAAAAGUCAAAUUUUGAAGGAUUUUCAGGGGCAAAUUCUUAGAAAAAUCGGCCGAUUUCACGGGAAAUUUCGGGGGGAAACUUCGCCAAGAAACAAUCAGUAAAAAACAGCCGAUUUCGCUGGAUUUUUUUUGGCAAAUUUCGCUAAAAUCGAUCAAUUCUGCGUCGAUAUGACCAGCAUUGUUUAACGUUGUUUUUUUAACAGGGAUAAUCAUUUGCUCUUUCAACAACAGUUUCCUCGAGAAAUGAGCGAAUGCUAAAGCUAUUAACAUUAUGGUUAGUGCCCUCUUGCAGUUUUUCGCAACAUUAAUCUAAGAACGCCUGGUAGUUUUGAGACAUUGUUUACUCGUUGCAGUGACGAAGUUUCAAGAUAAGUUUGGACGUUUGGGGUGAAUAAAACAGGUCUAAUGGCCAAGAUAAGUAUUAAAUAUGUUUUGCCAACAAGUAUUUGGAAAUAUUUCUGGCAGAUUUCGCAGUAUUUCGCGUUUUUGGGGGAAUUUCGCGGGAUUUCACGGAAAUACCUGAAUUUCGCGGGUCCGCGACCGCACGAAAUAUCAGAAGCCCUGUUAAGCACUAAAAUAGCUUUGCUUGCUUUUCUUUAAUGUUAUACUAAUUAGAAGGGUUUGAAUCUAUUUCAAGGUAUGAGAUGUAUGUUCCUCUUCACAAGUUAUGGGAAGGUUAUAUGCAGAGCAUGCUUAAUCUACAUCCAAAAAGGUAUGGUCAGAUAUCAUACUACAUGUAAUAAACAGGAACCCUGGUUUACAAAAAUGGCUAGCUUACCAGAGGUUUAAUACAUUGAUAAGGUGGUUAUGGUCCCACGAAAUUAGAACAACGAAAAACUUUUAAUCAAUCAAUUAACCCAUUCACACCUCACCUGGAAUUUUUAAAGAAACAACUUUUAAUGUAUUCAAGCCAUUUUGUGGUUAUUAUCUGACCGAAAAGGACCAAAACUAGGGGUGAUGAAUGGUCCAUUAAAAUUUUUAACUGCUCGCAAAAUUUUACCUUUGCUUGAUUUGCUCACAAAAUUUAAACGAGUGCUCGCUUGCUUGUGCUCCCCAAAUUUUUGCGUUACUUGCAAGCUCGCAAAGCAAAUUUUUUAUUUCUGCUCGUGCUCUUGUUAAGUUGAGCAUCACACUGUUUUUUUGUUCCUGUUUACAGCUUCUGAAGUUUGGGCAUGCACAGAAGGCAGAAAUAUUUUUGAGACAUCUUUUGGGGUUAAAAGUGGCACUGCAUCGUCAACUUUCACCCCUUUCUGCUAUUUUUGUUCUUUCCCUGUUUUGUGUCAUUUUUAUUUUUCUUGGUAAUAGCUAAGCUUCAUUUAAGUGGGAAAAUUUUGCAUAAUUCUCGCGCAAGAACUGUGAAUCAUUUUGAACGAAGUAGGGGUGGAUGGUGGAAAAAAUGUCUUGAAUUUUCUGGGCAAAUUUAUGUGGGGUUAUGAGAUUGAAAUACUUUAAGACUAUUAAAAUCCCAACCAAAGAGGGUUGAUGGAUAUGGUCCUCUCAGCCUCUUGCUCAUUUGUGUAUGGUUCUUCCUUUUCAUUUGGGUUAUUAUUUACAGCAAAGUCUUACUACAGUGCAGUUUGUCAUUGUUACUUGAAAACCAGGCUUUCCUUAAUUCUUUAAACCCAAAAAUCAACAUGCAUAUUCUCCACAUCUCCUCAAGGUAUUUGAGAGGAGAAUUUUAUCAACCAAGACUGUUUUUUACUUCUGACAGCCUUAAAUUUUAUUAAGAUCAUUGUGACUACAAGGAGAAAUUGAAUAUUGGUUAGUUACUUUUAGGGGGAUUAAGGGGUUUAGAGGUUAGGGGAGAGUUGAUUUGAAAAGACAACGCUGAUGACACUGUUUCUAUCAUUAGUAAUCUAAAAGCUGCCUAUCCUAAACUUCUUCGAGCUGAUUACCAUGGCUGUAUCCUGAAUGGUAAGUUCACUUUCUGUUUUUCUUUGUUAAUAUACCACUGCUGGAAAAUUUUAUGUUUGACUCUGAAAGUGUUUCUUUCAAAAGUGUUGUAAUGAUCCCAACAGGCUCAUUAUACAUUUCUGGGAAAAUGCCCACCUACCCCUCCCCUAAGCCAACAUUAACACUUACUUCUCACUGAGAGCAAAAUGUUGGCUUAGGGCAGGGGUAGGUGGGUAGUUUCCCAGAAACGUAUAAUGAUCUGUGGAUCAUCAUGUGUUUCUGGGAAACUGCCAACCUACCCCUCUCCAAAGCGAACAUUAACACUUACUUCUCACUUAGGACAAAAUGUUGGCUUAGAGGAGGGGUAACCAGGUUUAUGUGGUAAAUACAAAGCGCAAAAAAAAGGUGGGCAAGAAAGUUCACUCAACCCUGUCAGUGCUCUUGCACUGAGACGAGAGUAGCUCAAGUAUGCAAACACCAAGUGCUUCGGAAGUGUGGUGCUUUACUUGUUUGGAGCUUUGUUCUUAUCUAUAGAAGCUUUAAAUCCCAUUGUAGUGUGGCCAAAACUACUUCAGUACGGGGAAUGUUUUGAAGUUUUCCGAACUCACUUCUGAGCUGCUUGAGCUUGUGUUCGCUUUGUCUUCCCCAGCAGAGGUCACAUUCUCUCGAUGUAGACUGGCGUUUGCAAAGUGGCUACAUUUUGUCACUGUUUUUUUACUUAACAGUUUACUUAGUUUUGCAAAGAUCUUUGUUGCCCUUCAGCAACAAUACCGAUGUCUUUUAAAAAUAUUUUCAGAAAACGACCUGCCAAUAGCAACACUGAUUAAGACUGUAAGAAAUUGUCUAAUCUGAUUGGCCAUCGACAGCCCCGAUUAAGCAUUUUUGGACAGUUUGAUAGGACAGUACACGUCAUGUCUAAUUCCCCUCAGUAGUUGAACAGAAUUUGAUGGUACUAAAUAAAAUUGGAGAUUAUUCAGGGGCACCCAAUGACCGAAUUUUUUCCAGAUACGACAGAAUUGUCUCAGAUGUUUUUCCCUAUGCUUUAGAACCCAGUUUGGUUAAUUUGGGGCUGUCCUAAAAAAUAUUUAUCUGUUCGGAUGUCUUAGGGGUACUUUUCUGGUCACGAAAAUUUUUUGGUGGCUAUUUCAUCUUUUCCGAAACUUUAAGCUGUCCUUAUGGGUACGGUCGGACGUUCAAGGACAUGGACUAGCCGUACUUUCAAUAGAAACCUCUAGAACGCUUUGUCUUUAUACUGAAAUUGUUAGGAGACUUUUGGCAAUAUCUUGGUAAUGUGAAAAACACAACCUCUGAAAAUCGCAGGUAAGUCAAUAGAAAAACCCCGAACAUCUUAGACGAGUGGAACGGUUAUGCAGACAAUUUUUUAGCCUUUCUUGCGCUUUAGAAAUUUUUGGGCAAUAUUUGCUCCUUCGAACAGUAAGUUUACCGAAAAAAGUCGUUGGGUACCCUUGAUUGUUGUUGCAAUAAGAGUGAUGAGUUAGCCACCAAAAAAAAACAAUAUUGAGCUUUGGCUGCGUGGGCUGUAUGUUGAUCGUGAGAGAUCUUAACUUUAUAAGCUAUCACAAAUAAUCAAAUUAUUAUCUUUCUUUAUCGCAGUAAGCCGAUCAAAGUGUCCAUCCUACGUGGGAACAAGUGGCAUUUUACUACAAGAAACAAAGAACGCGUUAAAAAUCAUAACAAAAGAUAACAAACUUAAA